AUGAGUCACAAACGGCCAACCAAGAAACGCUCCUCCAGCAGUCGAAAGCAUGGCAAGCGGAACAGUAACGCUCGCCACCAAAUUAGACCUAAUCCAGGCCCUGCUAAUCACUUGCAUCGAGACAAACAGCGUCAAAUGGACUUUGACGCCCUUCGCAAAGAAAUAACCGACACCUACGGUUUACCAAACGAUUGCCGGAUAUAUUUCCUAAAGGAAUACGACAUGAAAAAUCUCCCGAAUCGACCUCGAUUAAAGAUCACUCACCAAAACUGUGUCAUACUGGAUGCUGACACCUGGAAGCUCAUUCAAGUCAUCCGAUUUACCCCAUUUACCAAUAUGGAUGAGGAAGAUAUGAACAAAAUGGAUUUCACCAUAAAAACUAUCUACAAGCAUACUUUAGCUAGAUCGACCGUGAAGGUGAAUCGUGCGAUGAAAGGAGUUGAGCGUCCAGGCGAGAUGUACGUAGCUGGCUUCCGCGGUGGUUCGGAUAGGGGUCGCACCAUGGGAGUCACCGCUUUGAGUGCAAAGACGUCAAAGAGCAAGCAAGCCAUCGCUGAGGAUGAAGCCAGAAUGGACGAUGUCGCUCUUAUCAAUGACACACUUGCUGAGUGGAUGUCCACUCUAUGCAUGCGGGCGUUUCAAUCGAACCGUGAUCUUGCAUUGGAAUUCUCUAUUCCAUGUUUUUCCGAUAAGAAGUGGGCUGAUUCUCCAAAUGCUAAAGUGAUUGCUUCUAGCAUUGCGGUCACACGAGAGGGCUUCAACAACAAGGCUCAUCCUGACUCUGAUGCCACCUCACAUGCGUAUGGACUAUUCUGCCGGAUCAAUCGUGACUCUGGGGAUCUUCAUUGGGUGGAGAUGUCCGAUUAUUUAGGUGAUAUUGUAGGCUGCUAUUUUAUCAUUGAUCAAUAUCAUGUCGAACUUUGUCUAGAUGCUUGUGAUGGUGUGGUUGAGAGCUGUUGGGCCAGCGAUGAACUCCAUCAUACAUCUGCUUCCACCACUUAUGAUGAAGGCUGGAAUUCUAUUCGGCCGAAGGACUCCCCUAUCACUCGUUUUGGUUGUUCACUUCAAAUUAAUGCGGCAUUGCUUGGACGUAUUGAUGGCUUACUAAGGUUAAAGAAAGGUAAAACGGAUGAAGAGUGGGAGAUUUACAAAAAGAAAGUUGUCAAGUGCUAUGAGCAAGAAGUAGAAAACAAGAUUCUCAAGUUACAUAAUCCUGUUCAAACUAGACGGGCCAAGCAAACCAAGAGAAAGUCAUCUUGA